CCGGGACAGCACCGGGACAGCAGCGCCGGGACCGGGACGGCACCGGGACAGCAGCACCGGGACAGCAGCACCGGGACCGGGACAGCACCUCUGGCACCGGGACGGGACCGGUACAGCACCACCGGGAUAACAGAGCCGGGACCGGGAUAACAGCCCCGGGACAGCCCCGGGACAGCGCAGCUGAGGGGGCGGCGCGGGGCUCGGGGCCGGUGACGGCGGAGCGGGAUCGGGCACCGGGAUCGGGCACCGGGACGGCUCCAAGCCCCGGGAUCUGAGCCCAAAUCCGGCGGGAUCCGGCGGGAUCGGGGAUCCGGCACCAACCCCGGCCCGGGAUCGGUGCCCGGGAGCUGAAAUCAACCAAAUCCACGGGCAUUGGCACCAAAAUCCACCAAAGAUCCGGGAUUUGGUGCUGGUGUUGACCAAAUCCUCGGAAUUGAGCGAAGAUUUGGGAUCCAGACCCAAAACCGAGCGAAGAUUUGGGAUCGGCACCAAAACCGAGUGAGGAUUUGGGAUCGGCACCAGAACCGAGCGAGGAUUUGGGAUCGGCACCAGAACCGAGCGAGGAUUUGGGACCGGCUGGAGCUACUGACCAAAUAUUUGGGGUCUGUGAUCAAAACUCCCCACGGAUUUGGGAUCGGCUGUGGAUAUUGACCAAACUUCCGGAUCUGGGAUCAAACCCAAGCGGGGAGCCGGGAAUUGGCACCGCAGCCCCCGGGGAUCGGAGCGGGGAUCCCGCGGGGAUCCGUCGGGAUCGGGGAAUCCAUCGGGAUCCAUCAGGAUCCAUUUGGAUCAGGGAAUCCAUCUUGAUCCAUCGGGAUCUGUCGGGAUCAGGGAAUCCAUCGGGAUCAGGGAUCCACCAGGAUCCAUCAGGAUCCAUCGGGAUCAGGGAAUCCAUCGGGAUCCAUUUGGAUCAGGGAAUCCAUCGGGAUCAGGGAAUCCAUCGGGAUCCAUCGGGAUCCAUCAGGAUCAGGGAAUCCAUCGGGAUCCAUCGGGAUCAGGGAAUCCAUCGGGAUCCAUCGGGAUCCGUCGGGAUCAGGGAAUAAAUCAGGAUCAGGGAAUCCAUCGGGAUCCGGGAAUCCAUCGGGAUCCGUUGGGAUCCGUCGGGAUCCAUCGGGAUCUGUCGGGAUCCGUCGGGCCCCGCCAUGCCGCGCGCGUUCCUGGUGAAGAAGCCGGUGGUGGCCACGGCCAAACGCAACUGGAGCGAACUCCCGGACGAGCAGCGGGCGGAGAUCUACGUGCCCAUCUGCCUGGGGGGCUGCCCCCUGCGCAGGGACCCCGAGCCGGCCGUGGGGGAGGCCCCCGCGUCCCCCCUGGACAUGACGCUGCCCCCCCGCGCCCCCCCCGGCCCCUUCCUGCACCCCAAGGGCAAGGUCCCGUCCGGCCCUUUGGGCGCCCCCCUCCCACCGGGGCUGCCCCUGGCCGGGGGGGUCCCCGUGGGGGUCCCGGUGGCCGGGGGGGUCCCGGGGGGCUCCGAGCUCUUCUCGUGCCCCGUGUGCCACAAGAGUUUCGGGUUCCAGCGGAUGCUGAACCGGCACCUCAAGUGCCACAGCGAAGUGAAGCGGCACCGCUGCCCCUACUGCGGGAAGGGCUUCAACGACACCUUCGACCUCAAGCGCCACGUCCGCACCCACACUGGUGUCCGUCCCUACAAGUGCUCGCUGUGUGACAAGGCCUUCACGCAGCGCUGCUCGCUGGAGUCGCACCUGCGCAAGAUCCACGGCGUGGCGCAGCGCUACGGCUACAAGGAGCGGCGGGCCAAGCUCUACGUGUGCGAGGAGUGCGGCGGCACGGCCGACAGCCAGGACGCGCACCUGGCGCACCUGCGCCAGCGCCACCCCCACAGCCCCCUCCUGGCCAAGCUGGCCCGCAAGGCCGCGGCCGCGCCCGCCCCGCGCCCGGCCCCGCCCCGCGCCGCCCCGCCCCCCUAAGGGACCCCAAAAUGGGGGGUGGGGGGCGGGGCGGCCACGCCCGGUUCGGGGGAGAGACGCCCAUCCCGGGUGGGACACGCCCGUUUGAGGGGUGUGGCUGUUCGUGGCGGGACACGCCCACUGAGGGGAGGGACACGCCCACUGAGGGGAGGGACACGCCCAUUUUGGGGUUAGGGGAGGGACGCACCCAGGUGGGACACGCCCACUUGGGGACGCAGCCACUGAGGGGAGGGACACGCCCGUUUUGGGCAGGGACACACCCACCUGGGGACACACCCACCUGGGGACACAUCCAGUUAUGUAGGGACACACCCACCUGGGGACACACCCACCUGGGGACACACCCACCAGGGAAUGAAGACCACGCCCACUGGGAUGGGACACGCUCCUUUUGUGGUGAGAUGGGCGGGACUUUGGGGUUGAAGCCACGCCCACUUGGAGCGGAAGCCACGCCCACUCUGCCCCCUUUGGGAAUUAAAGCCCCUCUGAGCUCGCUGA